GGGACCCCGCGGGCGGCUCGGGUUUUGGCGGCGCCUGCCUCCACUCCCUCCCCUCCAGCUCUCGGGGCUGACCGGCUGGCGCCGCCUCCCGGGAAGAUGGCGCUGCACUUCCAGAGUUUGGCUGAAUUGGAAGCAUUAUGUACUCACUUAUAUGUAGGAACUGAUCUUACACAAAGAAUAGAGGCUGAGAAAGCACUCCUGGAACUUAUUGACAGCCCAGAAUGUCUCAGCAAGUGUCAACUUUUAUUAGAACAAGGAACAACAUCCUAUGCCCAGCUCCUUGCAGCAACAUGUCUUUCAAAACUUGUUAGCCAAGUCAGACCCUUACCUAUUGAACAGAGGAUAGAUAUCAGAAACUACAUUCUGAAUUAUGUGGCAUCACAGCCCAAGCUGGCUCCCUUUGUCAUCCAAGCUCUUGUUCAAGUCAUUGCUAAAAUAACUAAGUUGGGUUGGUUUGAGGUUCAGAAAGACCAGUUUGUCUUCAGAGAAAUUAUCACUGAUGUGAAAAAGUUUCUACAGGGUACUGUGGAACACUGCAUAAUAGGAGUAAUAAUCCUUUCAGAAUUGACACAGGAAAUGAACCUGAUUGAUUAUUCUAGAUCUUCAGCAAAACACAGGAAAAUAGCUACCUCAUUUCGUGACACUUCUCUCAAAGACAUUCUAGUGCUAGCAUGCUCUCUUCUAAAAGAGGUGUUGGCCAAACCUUUAAAUCUGCAGGAUCAGUGUCAACAAAAUCUUGUAAUGCAGGUCUUGAAACUGGUCCUCAACUGCCUUAACUUUGACUUCAUUGGCAGUUCAGCAGAUGAAUCUGCAGAUGAUCUUUGCACAGUACAGAUUCCAACAACCUGGAGAACAAUUUUCCUGGAACCAGAAACAUUGGAUCUUUUCUUCAAUUUGUAUCAUUCAUUUCCACCACUCCUGUCUCAGUUAGCACUUUCGUGUUUAGUUCAGUUUGCUUCUACAAGAAGGUCCUUAUUUAGCAGUCCUGAACGUGCCAGGUACCUUGGUAAUUUAAUUAAAGGAGUAAAGAGGAUACUUGAAAACCCUCAGGGUUUGUCUGAUCCAGGUAAUUAUCAUGAAUUUUGUCGAUUUUUGGCUCGUUUAAAGACAAAUUAUCAGCUGGGAGAAUUAGUUAUGGUGAAGGAGUAUCCUGAAGUUAUCAGAUUGAUAGCUAAUUUUACAAUUACCAGCCUCCAGCAUUGGGAAUUUGCUCCCAACAGUGUUUAUUAUUUGUUAACUCUGUGGCAAAGGAUGGUAGCAUCAGUUCCUUUUGUGAAAUCAACUGAGCCCCAUCUAUUAGACACUUAUGCACCAGAAAUCACGAAGGCCUUUAUCACUUCUCGAUUGGAAUCUGUUGCUGUAGUUGUGAGAGAUAAUUUAGAUGAUCCACUGGAUGAUACCGCUACUGUGUUUCAGCAGCUGGAGCAGUUGUGCACUGUCAGUAGAUGUGAAUAUGAAAAGACAUGCACUCUUCUUGUACAGUUGUUUGACCAAAAUGCACAGAAUUACCAAAAACUUCUACAUUCAGCUUCUGGGAUAACUGUGGACAUGGCAGUUCAGGAAGGGCGUCUUGCUUGGCUGGUAUACUUAGUUGGAACAGUUGUAGGAGGAAGAUUAACAUAUACCAGUACAGACGAACAUGAUGCUAUGGAUGGAGAGUUAUCUUGUCGAGUUUUUCAGCUUAUAUCCUUAAUGGAUACCGGAUUGCCUCAUUGUUCUAAUGAGAAAAUAGAGCUUGCAAUUCUGUGGUUCUUGGAUCAGUUUCGUAAAACAUAUGUUGGUGAUCAACUUCAAAGAACCUCAAAGAGAUAUAUGGUUUUGAAUUAAACAUUAAAGAUCCUGUUACUGCUCUGAUUCUGUUGCUUUCUGUUUUUGCCCAAAGAGAAACCAAACUAAAUAAAAUGUAAUUAUAAUAUCAAGAUCCUUAAAAAUGUUCCUAUCUGUUGACGCAGUAUUUCAUGUCUGGAAGUCUAGCCUGAGGAAAUAAUUUGGAAUGCAGACAAAGCUUUAUAUCAAGGUAUUUAUCCCAGUGAUAUUUGAAAGAGUAAAAGAUUGAUUAAAUAAGUUAUUAUACAGCCAUAUGAUGAAAUA